AUGUAUUAUGAGACUGAUAAGAAGGAAUUUUCCGACUUGAGCGAAAUGCCAUUGCUUAAGAAAUCAUCCAAAGGAAAUCUGUCCCAGCACAAAAAUGCUUUCAAAAUUCCUUAUGCAGACCUAACUAAAGUAAAAAAUAUAAUCGGCAACAAAAUAAACGAGCCUGAAAUAAAAAUAGUAAAUCGUGCCUUUGCCAAUAGACUUUCACAAGAAAAAAAUGAGAAUUGGUCAUCCUCUCCCAAAGAAAUCUGCAGCCAAACGGAUGAAAAUAGAGAAAAUUCUCAGGAAAAGGAAAAUACAGCCACAAAAAAGAAAAACAAAAGUGAACACGGAAAUAAAAUGAGAACGUUAUCUUUUGAAACCGAAAGUUCAGUUUCUCAAGAGGUAUUGAACAAAGAUGAGAUUAAGACUGCGUAUGUAGAAUUCAUGAAUAAUUCAUUAGCCGAUAAGAAAAAUAAGAAAAAGCGUGCAAUUAUAUAUAGUUCGUCAGAGGAGCUUUUUGAUAUAGUGGAAGGAUUUCAAACUGACAAUUUGAAAAUUCAUCCUAAAGAAGUAACGGAGAAGAAAAAUAAAAAGGAAACAGAAAAAAAAUCACGCACAAAGAAUAUACCUAAAAGUAGAAAUCCCUCGAAUGAACAAAUAGAGGUAUCUAUGAGUGGUACAAAGAACAAAAAAAAUUCACGUGAAAAGACAAAUCGAACUGCAAAAAAAGGAAAGAAAGACGAAAGUGAACAGACAAGUAAAAUCAGAAGGUUGUCUUUUGAUACUGAAGGCUCAUUUUCUCAAGAAAUAUUGAACAGUGCUGAAAUUAAAGCUGCUUAUGUAGACUUCAUGAAAAAUUCCUUAGUUGAUAAGAAAAAGGGAAAAAUUAUAAAGCACUCGGAUAAAGAAAUAGAGGAAUCUCUGAGCGAUAACGAAUUUCCAGGCUUAACAGUAGAAGAAAAAAUAAAUAAGAUAUAUGAAAAAAGGAACGUAGGGUUGUACGUGUUAUGUGAUACAUGUAACAAAGCACGGUACUUACCUCAUGUAAUCGAUCCUCUGGAUCUUCCCGAAACAUGGUUUUGCUACAUGAACCCGGACGAGAAACACAAUAAAUGUUCAGAUCCGGAACAUGUCGAAGAAAACCGCGAUUUUCUAAUAGACAAUCUGUAUAAUGCUGGCAGCAUUGUCUUUGUUAAAAUGGACGGUUACCCUUGGUGGCCAGCUAUGGUUGAGGACGAUGUUGACACCGAGACAUAUUUUUGGUUGGAGGGCAAUUCAAUGUCACCGACCUUCUACCAUGUCACAUUUUUCGAUUCUACGGGAGUUACCAGAGCAUGGAUAAAAACGGAAAAGAUACAGCCUUUCACGAAGAACCUAAAAAGGCCCGAGUUUCAGUUACCCGCAAAGCACCAAUACAAAUCUAGAAUGAACAUGGCCAUGAAACAAGCCAUGGAUGCGGCAGAUAUGCCCUUGAUCGACAGAUUGAAAACGUACGGUUUUUUGAAACGAUACAGAAAACCGGUAAAGCGUAACAAAAAUACCAAAAACAAGGAAAUCCUAGACGAGAAGCGUAGGGAGGUGUCACCUUUUGUUGAAGACAUGUCUGUGCUUUUGGACAGCAUAAAUAUGUCCGACAUAUCUUUUAAUUUGCUUGACUAG